AUGUAUAACCUCGCAACCAUCGCGCUGGGAGUUAGUGCUCUACUACAGAUAACACAUGCCUCCCCGCACCCUAUCUCCAAGAGCUACACCAACUGGACUACCUUGCAUGGCCACGGCGUGAACCUAGGUGGAUGGCUCGAGCAAGAGUCAACAAUUGACACCGCGUGGUGGGCCAAGUACUCUGGCGGCGCCUCCGACGAAUGGGGUCUAUGUGAGAACCUAGGGUCGAAAUGCAGGUCGGUCAUGGAGCACCGAUAUGCCACAUACAUCACCCGCCACGACAUCGACAAAGUUGCCUCAGCCGGUGUCUCUAUCCUGCGAAUUCCAACCACCUACGCCGCCUGGAUCGAGCUUCCAGGCUCGCAGCUAUACUCGGGACAUCAGCAGCGCUACCUCCAGAAGAUAGCCACAUAUGCCAUUGAGAAAUAUCAAAUGCACAUAAUUAUCGACCUGCACUCUCUGCCGGGCGGUGUCAAUGGCCUCGAUAUUGGUGAGGCGGCUGGCCACUCGGGCUGGUGGCAUAAUGAAACAGCGCUGGAAUGGUCACUUCGCGCAGUAGACGAGGUCCUUUCUUUCAUCAAACACUCAGGCCAUCCAGAGGCCUAUACAAUUGAGCCCAUCAACGAGCCCGUUGACAACAAAGAUUUAUCUACACUCGGGACCCCAGCCGCGCUAUCUGAUCACGGCGCAGCCUGGUUGUUGAAAUAUAUCCACGCCGUAAUUGCGCGUGUCAAAGCCGCAGACCCUCUUAUUCCUGUCAUGUUUCAGGGCAGUUUCCAUCCGGUGACCUACUGGUCACCGCACUUCAAGGCCGGGACGAACCUGGUCUUUGAUCUGCAUCACUAUUAUUUCUUUGGUACUGUGACAUCAGUGGAUCUGCCAACUUCUAUCUGCUCUGAUGCACGGGCCAGUGAAGGAGAUGGUAAAUUUCCUACUUUUGUCGGUGAGUGGUCUAUUCAGACUGGGGGUCUCAAUUCACUAGCUUUGCGGGAGGUGAAUCUCAAGGCUGGAAUAUCGGCAUUUGGUCAAUUCACUCAUGGUAGUGCGUACUGGAACGUGAAAUUCUCGAGUGAAGUGACUGUUGCUGGAGGGUUGCAGGAGGAUUACUGGAAUUAUGAGGGUUUCAUCGAUGCGGGUUACUUUGACGGUCAGGUUGAGCAGCCAAAUUAUUGCUUGUGA